AUGGCGCCGCUAUUGGGCCGGAAGCCUUACCCAUUAGCUAAGCCGUUAGCCGAGCCACUAGGCCCGGGAGAAGAGGUCUUCACUAUCGAGCACACUAAAGAGGCCUUCAGGAACAAAGAUGAGUAUGAGGCCCGCUUGAAGAGGUAUGAAGAGCGCAUCUGGACAUGCAAGAGCACUGGAAGCAUUCAGCUGACACACAAGGAAGCAUGGGAAGAGGAACAAGAAGUGACAGAGUUGCUUCAGGAGGAAUAUCCUCACUGGUUUGAGAAGCCUAUCCUGGAGAUGGUCCACCACAAUACAGUGUCUUUGGACAAACUGGUUGAAAUGGCCUGGGUAGAAAUCCUCACCAAGUAUGCUGUUGGUGAAGAGUGUGACUUUAUGGUGAGCCAAGACAAAAGUUUACGAGCGAAGGUGGUAAAAAUUCAUCCCCUUGAGCACUCUGAGGGAGAAGCUGGAGAGAAGAAGCUCGAAGGUGCCUGUGAUUCGCCAUCUAGUGACAAAGAGAACACCAGUCAAGAGAACCAGACGAAGGAACCUGCCCUUAGAGAGGAGGAAAACAGGAGAGAAUGUCUCAGUGAUAGAGCACGGCGUUCACCAAGAAAACUUCCCACUGCCAUAAAGGAAGAAAAGAAGAGGUCACCAAUUCCCAAGUUCCUUCCUCAUAAGUAUGACGUCAAGCUCGUCAAUGAAGACAAGGUGGUCAGUGAUGUGCCAGCAGAGAGUCUUUUCAGAACAGAGCGUCCUCCAACAAAAGAGAUCAUCCGCUACUUCAUCCGACACUAUGCACAGAGGUUGGGUAUGGGGGAGAGUGCACCCUGGGUGGUUGAAGAUGACCUGGUGAAGAAGUUUAAUCUGCCCAGUAAAUUCAGUGACUUUCUUCUUGAUCCCUACAAGUUUCUAGCUGGGAAUCCUUCCGCCAAACGCAAAAGCUUGACCUCUGCUGAUGGUAAAGCUAGAAAGAAGCAGAAGACUGCUGGCACAGGAGAGGACUCGGGGAAUGAAAAGGGGGAGAAGAAAAAUAAAAGCAAGAAAGAUGCUAUCGGGAAGCCUCUUAGUCCCACCAUCUGGGGUCACGUGCAGAAAAUAAAAAUGAAUGGUUCGCCAUUAAAUGUAAAGAACUCUGCAACACCCAAGAAGGGAGACGCUAAAAACUCAGGUAUUUGCAGUCCAAAAUCUUUUAAAAAAUCUAGAGACAAGAAAGAUGGAAACAGAACUGGAAAAGGUGGUAAUAAAAAUAUUCUUAAAGCUUCUAGAAAAGAUGCAAAAGCAAGUCCCAAGACAUCAAAAAUGAAGCAGAUGACCCUGCUGCAUCUUGCUAAGAGCCCUGCUGCAGGCAGCCCCAAAAAAAGAGCCCGGAGUAGUAGUAGCUCAGGCACUCCUAAAUUGGGGAAGCCAUUACAUCCAAUGGCUCUCCACCUUCUUCGUUACUACAAGGAAAACAAGGGUAAAGAGGACAAAAAGAGUGUUUUGUCGUCCCUCAUCUCAAAGGCUGCAAAGGCCUUGUCACCAGACGAUCGUGGCAGAUUACCUGAUGAGUUGAAAGAGCUGGUGGAAAAACGCUGGGAGAGACUGGAGCAAAAGAAACGCUGGGAAGCCAUGAGUGAAGAGGAACGAAAAGAAGAAAUGAAGAGGAGGCGUAAUGAUCUCAAAGAGAAACUUCGGGAAAAGGCCAAGGAGCGUCGCGAGAAGGAGAUGCAAAUCCGUCUUGAGCAGUCACGCAGAUUCGAGGACCAGGAGAUAAAAGGUGGCAAGACCCUGCCGACAUUUAAACUUGUUGACAUGCCCGAGGGGCUGCCCAACACCCUAUUUGGGGAUGUCGCGAUGGUUGUGGAGUUCCUUCACUGUUAUGCUGGCCUCCUAAUGCCAGAUGACAAGUAUCCCAUCACAUCCAUGGCUUUGAUGGAAUCGUUGGCCGGAGUACGCUCAGGUUACCACUACCUUAACCGUGUUUUGGUGGUGCUGCUUCAGACACUCCUUCAAGAUGAGCUUGCAGAAGGGUACAGUGAACUUGAUAUCCCCUUAUCUGAGAUCCCCCUUACCUCCCACUCUGUGUCAGAGCUUGCGAGACUGUGUUUGCGUCCUUUUGACGCUCAAGGUGAGGAGAGUGGCCAAGGGUCUGUGGACCUGGGCAUGAAUGGCUUUGAUGACGUUGUGACCAGCGAAUUCCUGGAGAAGCUUGAAACUGUAGAGGUGUUUGAGCUUGACCCUGAAGAAAAGGUUAGCCUGCUUGUUGCACUGUGUCACCGCAUCCUUAUGACAUACUCUGUGGAAGACCACGUCGAUGGCAUGCAGCAACGGACCGCUGAACUGUGGAAGGAGCGCAUAGCAAUGCUUAAAGAGGUCAAUCGCAAGAAGGCUGAGAAGAAGAAGCAAAAAGAGACUGAGGGCAAAGGUAUUGUUGCUUAUAAAACAUGUCUUCUCAUGGUCCAAGAUGAUAAGAAAAAAAAGGAUGACCCAAAAAAGGAGAUCAAGAAAGAAAUCAAGAUAGAGCUGGUGGACAUGAUCAGCUCAGUCAAGAGCAGGCAGCUGAUGAGCAUACAAGCCAAGAGAGAAAGAGAAGAAAUGGACAAACAGAACAAAGAACGCAUGGAGGUGGCCGCUGAAGAAGAGCGAAUGCGUAGGCAGAGAGCUACUGCGGAAAAGAAUUUUCAGGAGGGUAUAACAAAAGCCAAACUAGUCUUACGAAGAACUCCAUUGGGAACAGACAGGAAUCAUAACAGAUACUGGUUUUUCUCUGAUGUUAUACCUGGACUGUACAUUGAAAAGGGCUGGGUACAUGAUAGUAUCGACUACAGUUACACUCCAAAUGUAGAAAAAACAACUGAGCCUGAUGUGGACGAUGAAGACGAUGGUGCUGAUGAUGAUGGGAGUAUUGAUGAUAUGAAUAAUGAUGAACCUCAGUCAGGAGCAGUAACAGAUGUUUGUAUAGAAACGACAACUCCUAAACAGGGACAAAAUCUCUGGUUCAUAUGCGACAGUCCUGCUGAACUAGAAGUACUGGUGGACAGUCUUCACCCUCAUGGAGUUAGAGAAAGUGAACUUAAGGCAAAGAUAGAGAGCAGUUACCAGGACAUCAUACACUCCAUUAAUUUGAUCCGAAAGGACAAAGUGGUCCCCAGAGUCUCUGAUGUGGACAAGGAGCUGCUAAAAUAUUUACGCACUGAUAUUCAGGAAAUAGCGUCACGCCUCUUGAAGGGUGGCCUGGGCUACUUUGAUGAAGACAAGGACAUUGAAGAGGAGCUGGAAGAAAUGAGCAACUUGAAAGAAUUAGGAGAGUCCAUCAUCAACAUUCAGGCAUGUGUGAUCAAGAAGUUCUUACAAGGCUUCAUGGCCCCCAAGCAGAAAAUGAAGAAAAAGCAAGUUGGAGAAGAAAACAAAGCAGAAGAGGUGGAUGAGGAAAAGAAACUGGUUGAAGAGGCCAAGGUUGCAACAGCAAUCGAGAAGUGGAAGACUGCUAUCCGUGAGGCCCAGACCUUCUCUCGCAUGCACGUGCUGCUGGGAAUGUUAGAAGCCUGCAUCAAGUGGGACAUGUCUGCAGAAAAUGCCCGUUGUAAAGUUUGUCGGAAAAAAGGUGAUGACGAGAAACUUAUCCUCUGUGACGAAUGCAACAAGGCCUUCCAUCUUUUCUGCUUGAGACCAGUGCUGCACCGCAUCCCUGAAGGCGAGUGGUCGUGCACAGCCUGUCAGCCCACAGUGGCAAGACGGGGAACACGGUCGAGGAACUACAAACAAGACAGCGAUGAAGAGGAAGAUGAGGAUGAGUCCGAAGAAGACGACUCUGAUGAGGAGGAAGAUGAUGAGUCUGAAUACAAGGCUUUGGGCCACAGUUUGAGGCCACGAAAGAAAAGCAAGCAGGCAUUGCCAGUACAGAAAAUUAAACCCAAAAAGAAGUCUUCUGCUAGUCAGAAUAGCAAACAGAGAACUGGCCUCAGCAGCCCUGCAGACAUUGAUGAGCUGGUGCGUCAGAGCUCCCAGUCAGGAGUGCGCAGACAAGCAUUGGAGCUGGAAAAGUGUGAGGAAAUACUUAAAAAAUUGAUUAAGUUCCGAUACAGCUGGCCUUUCAGGGAACCUGUUUCCACAGAGGAGGCAGAGGACUAUCUGGAUGUCAUUUCGCACCCUAUGGAUUUCCAGACCAUGCAGGGCAAGUUCAGCCAAGGCUUGUAUCGCCACGGCCAAGACUUCAUAGAGGACAUGAAGUUGAUCUUCACUAAUGCAGAGGAGUACAAUAAGGAGGGGAGUACCGUGCUUUCUUGCAUGACCAAGACGGAGCAGGCCUUUACAGAGCUGCUCCAGAAGCUGAUACCCAGCCUCAGCUACAUCCGGCGACACGUGCGCAAGCGCGUCAUUCGGGCAUCAUCCGGCGAGGAAGAAGACGAUGAGGAGGAAGAGGAGGAACAGUCACCGCCGCAAAAAAGAGUUCAGACCAGCCAGUCGAACUUAAAGAAAAGCAGAAAUAGACGCAGCGUGCAGGAUGAGGAGAGUGAGGAGGAAGAUGAGGAUGACGCCAAAAGAAGAAGUAAGAGGACUGCUUCCAAAGAGGCCGGGAAGGAUUGCAGGGAGCAGGAUGGUGACGGUGAGCGGGACACUCGUAGAACUCUGCAGCGCCGUGGCCCCACAGUAGAGGAAGGAGUGAGCAGCGAGGAUGAAAGGCCGACCCGCCAACGACAUUCCAAGAGACAGAAACGCCUGUGA